CAUGGGCGGGUACACCAACAUCGUCAUGCUGCUGCUGCGCAGGGACGUGGACAUCAACACCUACGACUGGAACGGGGGCACCCCCCUGCUCUACGCCGUGCGCGGGAACCACGUCAAGUGUGUGGAGGCCCUGCUGGCUUGCGGCGCUGACCUGACGGAGGAGGCGGAUUCGGGAUACACCCCCAUGGACCUGGCCGUGGCCUUGGGACACAAGAAAGAAAGCAGGGAUUCUCCCCUCAGAAAACUGGGAGAACAGUGGCCAGAUCCUUCCCAGAGCAGCGUCCCCGAAGCCCAGCCUCUUCCUGCCUCAGUCCAACAGGUCAUCGAGAAUCACAUCCUGAAGCUGUUCCAGAACAAGAAGAGGAAGAAGUGAGGCUCCAGCUCCUCCCGGGGUCUCAUCCCAGCCUGGCAGAGGCUCCAGGCACGGAGCAGCCCGGGAAUUCCUGCGCUCCCGGGAUGCCAGCCUCUCCCAGAAACCCAGGCACGCUCAUCCCAGCCCUGGCUGGGCUCUGCUGCUCCGCGUUCUCCGUCGGAAGUAAACUUUUAUUGCAAUUAAA